CAGUGGAAGUGAAAGCACAACUGUGAAGCAGAUACUCUGCUGCAGUGGUCUGAGAUGGACAAGCUUAAAACAGUUCUUAACAUCGCCAACAAACAGACCAACCUUGGUUGCGGGUUGUUGGCUCUGCUAACAGCAGGAGGGGAGCAGAUCUUCUCCUCAGCAGUGUUCAGUUGUCCCUGCAAUGGUCAGAACUUCAUAUAUGGCAUGGUGUUCCUGCUGGUGCCCGCUCUGGCUCUGAUGCUACUGGGUUACAUCGUAAACAAGAAGACGUGGAAGCUGCUGACAGGUCUGUGCCAGCAAAAAGCCAAGCUGUGUCGCUGGAAGAAGCUGAGAACCACAGUGGUCAUCCUUUUCCAGAUCAGCACCAUGGCAAUGGUGGCACCUGCCAGCUGGAUUGCUGUUGCUCUGCUCAGUGGUAAAUACUAUGAAUGUUUGCGGACUGGAACCAGGGUAUACAUCAAGUAUCUGUGUAAUGAAACAAAAUCUCAGUGUAAGGACCUGCAGAAGUUCCCCUGUAGCAGUGAGACGCAAGCGAGAGAUGUCCUGCUUGCCCUGCGAGCUGAGUCUCAGGUUUUGGGUUGGCUGCUCAUCUCGUCCAUCAUGUUGUCCAACCUGCUCAUCAGCUGUCUGGCUCGCUGUGCGUCUCCCAUCAGCUAUCUGCAGCUCAAGUUCUGGAGGGCAUAUGCUCAGGAGGAGUGCAAGCUGAUUGAUUCAUAUAUGGAAAAACACGCCAAAGAGCUCGCUGAGAGGAACCUGAAGUGUUUCUUUAACCAGACACUGCCUCAGCCCAUCAUCACUCCUUCCAACAAGGACUGGGAGACGGUCUCCACCCUCUACAAGUUCACCACCAAAGGCCAGUACUACAGCACCUUGCAUCGCUAUGUGGAGGAAUCCAUGGAGUGUGGCGACGGGAUGAUGAGGAUGAUGUCGGUCAAGUCAAGUGAGGCUGCUGAUGACAAUCCUGCUGUUCUUGGUUUUGUAGAUGAUGGCAGCAUUCCAGUGUGAGAUUAUAGUCAUCAAGCAAUCAGUCAAAUGGUAUUUGUAUAUCCCAUAUUCACAAAUCGCAGUUUGCCCCUGAAACACUUUUUUAUCAAUUUUUUUGAAAAUAAAUGAAGUUGUCUUGAACA